UGGGUUCUAUCGGACGCAUAGUUUCUUAUACCGGUUUUUGGUAGCGGAAAGUUUACCGACGAUGAAAUCUAAGCUUUUGAUGAUCAUGGCAUCAAAAAAGGUGCUGGGGGAGCGGGACCGGUCUUUCUUUCAUUUGUUUUACACCGUGGAAUUUUUAACUGAGGAGGAGUGUCAAAGACUUUUUAACUAGCUAGCCGCAGGUCAUCAAUUUAUUGAUAUUUUGUGUAUUCUAAAUUUUUCUUCUCGACAUUUAACAUUUCAGCUGAAAGCAAAAAUGACUUACAAAACUGCUACCGUAUAUUGCUGCACAAUAUUUAGCAUACUUAUUAUCAUCAUAUCUCUUGCGACAAAUUACUGGUACGAGUUUGAGAAGAAAGCAAAUGAUGUGAAACCUGGUAGAGUUAGCCGCUUCAGAGUAGGCCUUUUUGAACAGUGUGAAACCAUAUAUUAUAACCACGACACUGAGGUCCAUGAUGACAGUGAGGAAAAAGACUGUGAAGAUUUUCAAGUUCCAGAUAGUGUGGAUGAUUGGUUCCCAAGACGAGAUACAUUGAUUGCAACGUACAUCAUUGCUAUGAUUUUGACAUUAAUCGGUUUCAUCUUUGUGACUGCAUAUUGUGUUACUGGCAAAUAUUUCUUCCCAGUGGGCCGAGUUGUGAUAUGUUACUUUUUGUCUGCGUUGGUGAUCAUCAUUGGAUUGUGUGUAUAUACAAGCACAUUUUACGAUCUUGAUGUGUCUUUCUCCUGGUCUUAUGGUGCGGGAUGGUCAGCAGCAGCUAUGUAUAUCAUAGCCAUUGUUCUGCUGUAUGCCGAUAAGUAAAUGCAACUGCGUUUGUUUGUUGUUUUUGUUCAUGGUUAUUUACAGUGUGAUACAUUUGAUUUUAUAGCUCAUUGAAGUCAAUUGAACUUAAUCUUCUGUUUGAUGUAUUUCAGCAGUAACAAAAUAAUCGAAACCCUAUUUUCAGACCUUUACAAAGAUCAGCUAUGUAAAAUAUAGGAUUUUUAAAAUUUACUAUGGUAAAUAUAUCAUGUUUUUUUCCUCUCGUAACUAUUUAAAAAAGCGAUAACAUAUGAGGUUUUUGUAGCACCUAAUAUAUUUAUAUGUAUAUAUUGUAUAUGUAUUUAUUAUUGUUAAUAGUUUAUUCCUUGUAAUUUAGGCUAAUAAUUUAGGCUUUUUAAUUUAUGUAUUCUUUUUAUACUCUUUGUAAACUUAGGUUUUAUAUUCUUUUGUUGAUGAAAAUUGAUUGUAUUUUUUCCCGGCAUGUGUUUAUCUUUUAAUGUUGCUGUUCAAACUUUCAACUAAGUUGUUUAUUUGUUUUAGGAUAAUUUUUUGUAUUCACGUUUUUGUUAAUAUUUGUUGGUUAUUUUUUCCCCAGAGAGUUCUAACACUGAGCCUGACCCUUGGGGAUUAACAAAUACCUUUUUGUUUAUUUAAGGCAUAAUUUGUAGAUGUAUUUAGAGUAUGUAAUUGUAAAAACAUAGUGUAACAAUUUGUAGAA